CACCAGACCCAAACGCCCAUUGUUAAAACUUCAUAAAAUCCCCAAAACCGGAUUUUCACUUGAUAAAACUCUAUCAGGAUCGAAGUGUAAAACAGUACACAAUCAAAAUCGCUCCCAUGGAUUCCGUGUUUGCUAACGUCGUUCAGGCACCCGAAGAUCCCAUUCUCGGGGUCACUGUUGCUUAUAACAAGGAUACUAGCCCCAAUAAGUUAAAUUUGGGAGUGGGAGCGUAUCGAACUGAGGAAGGGAAGCCCCUUGUUCUGAAUGUAGUUAGACGAGCUGAGCAGAUCCUAGUCAAUGACCAAGCGCGUGUUAAAGAGUAUCUUCCUAUUGUUGGGCUGGCAGAAUUCAACAAAUUAAGUGCAAAGCUGAUUUUGGGUGCCGACAGCCCUGCAAUAGCGGAGAGUAGAGUAACUACUGUGCAGGGUUUAUCUGGUACUGGCUCUCUGAGGGUUGGAGCUGAGUUUCUGGCAAGGCACUACCACCAACGUACAAUAUACAUCCCACUGCCAACAUGGGGAAAUCAUCCAAAAAUCUUCACUAUUGCGGGGUUGUCUGUGAAGACUUACCGAUACUAUGAUCCAGCAACACGAGGGCUGGACUUCCAAGGCUUGCUAGAGGAUCUUGGUGCUGCGCCCUCUGGAGCUAUAGUGCUUCUUCAUGCAUGUGCUCAUAACCCAACAGGUGUUGACCCAACCCUUGAGCAGUGGGAGCAGAUUAGGCAGCUGAUGAGGUCAAAAGCAUUAUUACCUUUCUUCGACAGUGCUUAUCAGGGUUUUGCAAGUGGUAGCCUAGAUAUAGAUGCACAGCCUGUGCGCUUGUUUGUUGCAGAUGGUGGUGAAUGCCUUGUAGCUCAGAGUUAUGCGAAGAAUAUGGGACUCUAUGGCGAGCGUGUUGGUGCCCUAAGCAUUGUUUGCAAGAAAGCAGAUGUGUCGAGCAGAGUUGAGAGCCAGCUGAAACUUGUGAUCAGGCCCAUGUAUUCUAACCCACCCCUUCAUGGUGCAUCUAUUGUGGCUACAGUUCUCAAGGAUAGGGAUCUGUAUAAUGAGUGGACUGUUGAGCUGAAAGCAAUGGCCGACCGGAUCAUCACCAUGCGCCAAAAGUUAUUUGAUGCUUUAACUGCUAGAGGCACUCCAGGUGAUUGGAGUCACAUCAUCAAGCAGAUUGGAAUGUUCACUUUCACAGGGUUGAACUCUGAACAAGUUGCCUUCAUGACCAAAGAGUAUCAUAUCUAUAUGACAUCUGACGGAAGGAUUAGCAUGGCUGGUCUUAGUUCCAAGACGGUCCCUCAUCUUGCGGAUGCUAUACAUGCUGCAGUUACCCGUCUUGGCUAGAUUGAUGACAUUAUCGAAGACUUUCCUUGAUUGUUUCAUGUUUAUUUUAAAUUUUGUAUAAUCAGUCUUACCAUAUCCUAUUUUGGAUUUGGAGUUGGAGACUGUGUGGACAUUUUCCAUUAUGUUAUCUUAUCUCUGCAUCUCCUAAGUAGUUUGCGCUGACGAGAAGUUGAUAUCUCCUUUCGCAUGCUUCCAUGUCUUUUUUGUAUGUGAGAUUUUCGUGAAGCACAUAUGGCAUAGCCAAACAUGUACCUAUA